AUGAAGAAGACAUGUCUUUUCGUUUGCGUGAUUUUCAUUGUCACGGUGACAUCAGAAUCUGACGAUGAAUUUCAAAUUGAGCCCAACGAAGCUUUGCAGUUUUUGUUUCGAAAUCGUCGAACGUUUUUCCAUCCAGGAAAGAGCAAGUGUGAAGAGCAGAAACGUGAAGCUCGAAAAGCUUAUGAGGAAAAGUGUACCAUGUUAGGCAAACGUUUUUGUCCAAAAUUAAGUGCUUGGAACGACUUUCAACGAUGGGAAAUCGGCGAUGGCUAUGAAAGUAAACGCAAUCCAUUGCCAACGGAAGCGACACCCGCACCACAGAUGCAUACAAUGCGCACUCAUCGAACGCGUCUUUACACACCAGCUACAUUGCCAACGCAUAGAACACCCUUAUAUGGGCACGCUACUGCGCGACCUAAUUAUCGUGCACCUCAAUAUCAAAACGAAAGAGUAACACGAAAUCCUGUCGAUAAAUAA